UGUUGGCGACAUAUCGCUGACGUGUCAAAUAGGUCACGUGAUGUCGAGGUGCGAUGUCAUGUGAUGAAUUACGUCUAGACCUAUAAAUAGAAAAAAAUCCAAUUUGCGGUGAGAUAAAAGAUACGGUUGAAUAGUCUGGUCAAACGGUAUUACGGCCUGUCAGUAUUUACGGGCGCCGUAUUUACGUAAAAUUAAAUGGGAGAUGGGCUAUUUUAUAUAAAUAAACAACACACCAAUUUAGUUGACUACAGUCUUAGAUAAUUGGUAAACACUAUGUUAUGUACAAGACAACAAUGUAUUUAUAAGAUCACCACUCUUAAUAAAUAACUUUUACUAUAAAUCUUGAUUAAAUAAAAACAUAUUUAUUGUUAAAUUAUUCGCGAGGAAUAUAAGGUCUUUAGACUGCUAUUUCAUAAAACAAGCAAUGGGAGGCUAAAUGAUCAUGGAAACAGAGAACCAGUCAAUAGAGCAAGCUCAAGAAUUAGCAGGUAACAAUAGUGACGAAAAUAUGGCCCCACAGGAUAAUGAAGGAAUUGUGAGUGACAGUGAUAUGGGACAUAUUGAACAAAAAGAAAAUAAAGACCCUUUACAAAUGAAUUCAAAGUUAGAAGGGUCUGAUGCUGGUACAGGAACAAUUGAGAAGAAAGUUGAACAAAUGUCAGCCGACGAAGGCACUGCAGAUGAUGCAGAAGAUGGAGAAAUUCUUGAAGAUGGCGAGAUUGCCAGUGAUCAAGAUGGUGAAAUAAAUGAGGAGGAAGAAGAAGAAGGGGAGGAUAAAUCUAACUCAAACAAAUCCAGUCCAACUAAACAAAGGAGUGGUGGACACCGUGAGGAUCACAAAAGACGUGGACAUGACAAACGUGAUAGACAUUCAAAACGUAGACGUACUUCCAAAGAAGAACAUAAAGACAAACAAAAAAAGAAACGUCACAAAGACUAUGAUUAUGAUAAAUCGGGAGAAGAUUACGACAGUUCUUGGUCUGACACCAGACGAGAAAAAAAUGACAGAAAACACGAUAGUCCUGCUCAUGACAGUCACAGCGAAGACAAGUAUUCUGGGAAACAUGACAAGGAUGGUGAUAAAAGACGGCGCGGGUCUGGCGAAAACAGGCAUCAUAGUGGACGUGAUAGAGAAAGAGGCAAGGAUCGUGAUAAAAGUAGUGUUGACAAAGAUAAAACUAGGGAUCGCUCCAGAGAUCGGCAUGACAGGGAUAGGGGUGACAAGUCCAACAAGAAAGACCGUAGCGGUCGUGAUAGAGACCGAGGGAAGGGACGUAGCUAUGGAGAUGGUUAUGACAGUCCACCUGGACUUUAUGACAGUCCCUCAGACGAUGAAUAUGAUGCAAGCAGAUAUGCUGACAAGAAGCUCGAAUUUGGCAUGGAAGGUGAAUACAUGGAAAUGGAUAUGGAGCAACCAAUGCCAAAGGGCAAAAGAAAGCAACAACAACAACAACAGCAGCAGCAGCAGAAAAAGUUUGACCGUCGACGACAGCGCAAUGAUAGAGGUGAAGAUUUUGAGGAAGAUGCUCCUGCCAAGAAGAAACCCCUUCUUCAAACUCCAAUGGAGGAGAGACCGGUGUGUCGUUUCUUUAAGGAAGGAAAAUGCCAAAAAGGGCCAGAUUGUCCAUUCAACCAUGACUAUCAGCCACAGAAGAGAUUAGAGUUGUGCAAGUACCAUCUACAGUCAUAUUGCAGGAAGGAAGGAUGUGUUUUCAUGCAUGAAGAUUUUCCAUGUAAAUAUUUCCACACUGGAUCUACGUGUUACCAGGGAGACAACUGCAAGUUUUCCCAUCAACCGCUGACAGAAGAAACGGACAUGGCCCUUCAAAAUCUAUUGAAAGAAAGGGAGGAUUGGGAAGAAGAUUUUGGAGAAAGGAAACAUAAAAAGAAAGGGUUGCUAGGUGAUCAACCCCAUAUGUCUGAGCAGGAGAUUCAGAAGAAAUUGGAGGACAUGAAAAGUAUUCCUUCAAUAUUUGACAUCGAGACGCACAAACCAGGUGAAAGUCCAAACAAACCACCGCCAAAGAUGGGCCAGUCACCAAACAUAAGGCUACAAGGUGGAUUUCCAGAUCAAGGCAUGCAUCAACAGAUGGGGCCUGGGGGCCCGAACAUGAGGUUCAAUGGACCACCAAACCAAGGAGGCCCACCACGACCACCAUUUAUGGGACCUCCUGGGCCAGGCAUGGAUGGGCCACCAAUGAAUAUGCAGGGGCCUCCUCCCAUGGUUAGUGGUGCAAAUAUGGGAAACGGACCUGGCUUAAUGGGACCAGGUCCUGCACCAAUGAUGUCAGGACCAGGAAUGUCGGGUCCUGGCAUGCAGGGACCUCCUUUGGGGCCUCCUAUGAGCCAGGCAGCAGCUUUGGUUGGGGCAAUUCUUCGUGCAGCCCCUAUGCUUCAGCAGUACAGGGGACCAGGUCAACAAGGUCCAAAGUCUAUGCAAGGUGAUCCACGAUUUAUGGGCCCAAAUGUAAUGGGGCAAGGACCAAAUAUGAUGGGACCACCUCCAAAUAUGAGUGGUUCGAUAAUGAGCCCUGGACAGGAUGGAAUGAUGGGAGACAAUCAACAGGGUAUGAUGGGAAUGGGUCAAGGUCAGCAAGUUAUGAUGAAUCAAGGUCAAGGGUCAAUGAUGCAGGAUGAAGAUAUGAAUCAACAACAAACUAAUCAAAAUAUGAAUAGUCAAAUGAACAUGGCAGGUGGGUCUAACAUAAGGGAUCCUAGAAAAUUGGGGGCACAGAAUGAUCCUAGGCUUAAAAGAGAGGACCAGGAGAUAACAGAUGUGGAUAUGAGACCUGUUAAAAGUGGUGAGAGUAGUAACCUAGGUGACCAAGAUUUUCGCCAAGAUGUUGACAUGCGUCAGGAAGACAGUGGCAGUAACCAAGGUGACCACACUCCACAGCAAAAUUGGGAUGAAGAUAAUUCAGAAGCAAACAAUGAGGAUGAUAUGGAAAUUCCGAGCCAUUUGCCGCCAAAACAGCGCGAAAUGUUCAUGCGUAUACGACAACAUCAGUUGAAAAUGCAGCAGCAAAAAACAGCAGAGAAUAAUCAACAGCUGGAAAAGCAGCAGAACACGGCUAGCUCAAUGAAAAUGGAUGAUGAUAAAUGGUACUCCAGUGAUGAGGAUGAGGAUGUUAAGCCACCAAAUAUCUCAAAUAUUCUCACUUCUCUCAGCCAGCCCAAAGCUUCUGAGAGUAUUCCAGCCAACACAGCAUCAUCAUCAAUAAAUGUUAUGCAAAUGAUAAAUGCCAUUAAGAGUUCAAAUACGGCAAGUUCUGCAGCUCCAAGCAGACCAAAUGAUCCUCGGACACAAGCUGCACAAUCAAAGGCAUUCCAGCGUGAACCUGCGAUUAUAAAUUCCCGUGACGGAGACUGUCCGUGGAGAUUAUUACGUGUCAUGUACGUCAAACAAAGAAUACCAGAUAAUAUUAAUAUGAACGAUUCGAAGUAUAAAUUGGACCCUCGUGUUCAAAAAAUGUUGAAAUUACAGGAAUUAGAGAGUGGGAAAGUGAUAGACCAUUCGAAAACUGUUGUCCCAGUGAAAAGUGAAUUACACAAAAGUUCUAGUGAACAUAAACUUCCGAACUUACUAGAUCCUAGAGUGUUUAAAGAAAAACAAACAGGUCCCACAAGACCUGAAUUGACACCAUUUAUAGACCCACGAUCGGGUAUGAAACAGGAAAGUGAUCAAACUUUUAAACCAGAAUUGCCGGUGCAAAGACCACUAGACCCUCGCUUAAAACCAGGACUUGAACCUCCAGCUAAGCCACUAGAUCCUCGUGUUCAGAGAAUGACAUCCAAUCCAGGAAUGCCAGCAAGAGCAAUGGACCCAAGGCUAGCUCGACAAGAUUCAAAUAGUCCUAGUGCCAUAAAUCCGGCAAGUAGACCAUUUGACCCAAGACUUGCACGACAAAAUAGUCAUGAUUCGCAACCAGGGUCACGUGGUUCUACGCCACCCAUAGAUCCUAGAAUGUUUAAUAGACAACCAUCUAGUGAACCAAAGAUAACUAAACUAGAAAAUUUACCAAGUUUACCACUUGAUUUAGGGCUAGGUGUUAGCCCUACAUCAGAUCCACGACUUGGGAAAGUGACUGAAGCAGAUUCAGUUUCAUCAGUUCACAGACAAAUAAGUCAGCCAGGAACUUCUGCUGAAAAAGAAGCUGCUAGAGACUUGCCAAAGCCAAAACUAGAUUAUAGAAAUGAUCCAAGGUUUAAAAGAAAGCGUAUUUCAGAUGCAAGUCUUUCACCAGACAUUACAGGUAAAAGAUUUUCUGGACAGAGAAAAUCAAGUACGGAAUAUAGUUCACCGUUAGGAGGUGAUACAUCACAACAAUCUGAGGAAUCUGGGUACAAUAGUUACAAUAGACCUCGACCAGUGCAACCACAACCAGUGCAGUCUCGCCCACAAACUACAAAUAGUUCAACUAGUAGUGAAACUGUACCUAGUGCAAGUUCAGACGUUAGCGCUCAUGAUAUUUUGGACUCGUUACAAAUUAUGCCACCACCAGGGCUAGACGAGACGCAAGGGUCGGACAAAAAUCUCAAAGACAUAUUUAAAACAAUUGAUCCAACUGCUUCACCGUUUUGCUAGUAUAUUCCGGAAGAUAUGUGGAUCUGAAAUAAAAGUGAUCUUUCUUAAAUCGUGUCAGAAAUUUAUGGGAUAUUUAUUACAGGAGGUGAACAACUUUAUUCUAUGUCUAUGCUAAAUUGUUUCUUAGCAAUAAUUUAUUUUAACAAGUUUGAAUUAUCACUUUCUGUUGUAUGACUUGAUAGCUGGGAAGUGAAUCAUGUGUUAAAUUAUAUCAGUUCCUGCCUGCAGUUUGUUACAAAACAGAGUAUAACCACUGCUACUUUUAUACCACUUAAAUACAUUUGUCAUAAAAGUUAUACCAAGAAAACUUUCAAGAACAUAAAUUUGAUGUUGAAUAUUUUACUGGCAGCAGUAGUAAUUUUGUAAUUGUAUAUUUCGAAAUACUUUUUUUUCAUAACUGAUAUUCCAAAGACUGCAAUUAAUGAAUUUUAAAAAAUAAAACAGAACAAUGACUUAAUAAUCUUUAUGAUAAAAUAAUCUUAAAGGAGAAUUGAUUUCAUAUUUUUUUUCUGUUAAAAAAUCAAUUUAUUUAGGCUCCAUGGAAACCAAUGACACCAGCCAACCCUGUAGAUAAAGCCUCUGUAAAUGACUACAAUUUCACGAACUUUUGUGCCAAAAAAUUUGGGUUAGCCUUAAAUACUUUCAGCUUUCACAGUCUUUAGUUAUUUUUGUUGUUGUCUUUCUUUUUUACCUAAAAAGUGGUUGUUAAUUACAAAUACUCGGUAAAUUUAUUGUUGUAAUCUUACUAGCCCAAUGAAUCUUUGUAGAUCAAAGCAAGAUUUGCAUUUAAAUUAUGAAAAUUUGUCUUUCAUUCCCUGCUUUAAUAGUUGUUGUUACUAUGUGUCUGUAUGUACUAGUUUAUGUGUGAUAUCAAAACAAUGAAAUUGUUUAGUGAAAGGAAGAUGUUUUUGGUAUUGAAAAUGCCAACAAUUUUGUGUGUGUUAAAUGUAUACAGCAGCAGCUCAUUGUGUUGUAAAAUUUAAAAAAUCUCUUAAAUUACAAAAAUUACGCAGUUGUAAGAUCGCUGUGAUGUAGAAAAAUAGAAAAAAAGAUUAAUUUGAUCAAAGAAAAAGAUUUUUUUUGCCAUAUCAAUCAUUUAUUUUAUGUGCCAAAUUUUGUUGUUAAAGUUGAUUAUGGUAAACUUACUAGUUUAUGGUCUGUUGUGGGUCUUGAUUAACUAAGUUUUGCUCUAAUUGGAAAAUGAAGGUAUUAAAGUACUAAAUUUUCUGAUUUUAUAGUACUGGAAGACCGAAGUUAUAUAGUUUUUAUGGAAACUGUAAUUAUUAAGAGUUCUUCUUAAAUUUUCUGCUAUGUACACACAUUUGAAACUAAGAUUUGGGAAAUUGAAUAUAUUUGGCUGUCAUAAUUUUGGAUUCAGAAUGUUCAGCACGAUAAAGGUCAAGAUUUAAAGCCCCAACUUUUACUACCCUGGCAGUAAGUUUUGUAGGAGGAGCCUAUCAAAUAACAACGCUACUCUAGGCUGUCUGUUAGCUAAAAAUAGCUCACUUUAAAUGAUUCACAGGCAAAUGUAAACAAUGGUCAGUUGAAGAAGAAAUUUGAACUAGUUUGCAUGUUUUGAUGGUAAAAAACUAUUAUUAUCCAUAUUGUGCAUCCAUAUCAGUAUCAAUCCUAUGAAAAAUUGAGUCAAGACUAGCAUUCCUGAUUUUUAAUCUUGUUUAUGUAAAUUUAACAAUGAAACUCAAAAUCAAACAUUCAUUUAACUAAAAUUCUGUCAUUGCUGGCUGGUCCAUUAAUUGAGAUAAUCUAGCAAUAAAUGUAGAAAUAAUAAACUUUUAAGUCUGGGAUGCAGAACAAUACACGCAAAUUAGCAAGUGCUGCUGUGAUAAGGACUAAUAAAAAUGAUAAGCUAUUUGAAAUUAUAUUUAUCACUGUAUGUCUGUAAUUAGUAGUUCCCUAUUUCUUUAAAACAUUUUUAUGAUAUGACAUAUAAAAAUAUAACUAGAAAUGACUAUGAUAUUCUGUUUGGUUUAAAAAUUCAAAAUUACUUUCUGGAGAAGUUUUGCAAUGCACUCUAGCUAGGUGUUAAUUCCAUUGAUAGGAAACCUUCUGAUGAUCAGGUUUGUUGAUAAAAUUAACCACGUGGGAAUUGUUUACAUUCUCUGUUCCUCUAGGGUUCAUGACCUCAUUAGCUCCUCCCGGCAAAUUCAAAUUUUUGGCAGUUAGGUUUAAAUAAUUUUUUGAAACUAUACUUCAACAUUUUUUGUUUUAAAAAAUAAAAACACCAAUUGAUAAAGAAUAUUUCAAUGUGUAUUUAUGCAAUUUUUCAUAACUUUUUAUUCAGUGGUUUAUUUAAAAUUUUGAAAAAGGGCUCUCUGAUGUGAAACAUGCAUAAUUUAUAUAAAAACCUGCCCCGGCACCAUCUUGUGGCUUUUAUAUGGCAGUUGGGGGUUUAAGGAACUGUUUUAUUGUUUUAUAAAAAAAAUUAUUUAGUGAUUGAGAACAUUUUUAUGAUAAUUUAGAAGAUUUACCACAUGCGUCGGGUUUACUUUAAGUAAAUGUUUGUUAUUCAAAGCUUUAAAAGUCUAUUUAUGAAUUAAAUAAUAGUUGUGCUGUGUAAUGCCGCAGACCUUGUCCUUCCACAGUGAAAUUUUUUUUUGGAGUGUAUGAGUUUUUUUUCAAGUGCGAGAGAAAAAGAUUGAUGUGUAUAUACAAUGUACAUGUGUGAAUGAACAUAAAGGAAAGCUAUAUGUGAUUUGUAUAAAAAGUGCUGGUAGCUUAUAUAUAUGGAUAUUUAAAUGGCAAAACUUCACAGUAUUUGAACCAUUGUGAUAAUAAUGCAAAAGAUUUACCUGCUAACAGGUGUGUAGUGUUAAUAGGUUUUUCAAAGUGGCACAGCUUUUAUAUAACUUUAUUAUUCCAAUUUACCAUCAGUUAAGCAGUAACUUUUGUCCCAGAAGAUAAAUGUGUUGUAUGUUAAACUAUUCCAAACAGUACUAGAUUUUAAACCAUGAAUUUUUAUUUGAAUUUACAAGGUAAUAAAGAAAAGGAACUAUUGAAUUACAGUCCUGAAUCUCAACAAAAAUGAUUUUAAAGAAUGGGGAAAAAGUAUUGUUGGUGUCUUGGCGGUAUGUUUUUUUUUU